GCACAGUAUAAAGUUUCUUUAUUUCGGAUUUUGGGUUUCUCUCUUGCGUCAAUCGUAAUGGCUGCUCUGCAAUACUUGGAAUCGCUGCGCAACGCGCACCCUGAGCUCGCCGAAUGGUACAAUUCGCUCGCGGAUCUGUACCAGAAGAAGCUCUGGCAUCAACUCACCCUCAAGCUCGAGCAGUUUGUCGCACUCGCUGUUUUUCAGGCUGGUGAUGCGUUGAUUCAAUUAUAUCACAAUUUCAUCACAGACUUCGAGACUAAAAUCAACCUUCUGAAGCUUGCACAUUUUGCUGUUAUAGUUUCUCGGCAGUAUUCUGAAAAGGAAGCUGCUGUUGGUUAUCUUGGAGGGGUCAUUGAGAAGUUGCAGGCCACUAGAGAGCAGCGCAUAGAAGAACCGAUUCUUUACAUUAAGAUGCAAAUAGCAAUAUUCAAGCUUGAGCAAGGUGACCAGAAGGAAUGCAAGAAACUCCUGGAAGAUGGGAAGACUACACUUGACAGCAUGACAGAUAUUGAUCCAUCUGUAUAUGCUAACUAUUACUGGGUAUCAUCUCAAUACCACAAGACCCGCCAAGAAUUUGCUGAGUUCUACAAAAGUGCCCUUCUCUAUUUGGCAUACACAUCAGUGGAGUCUCUAUCAGAAUCAUUUAAGCUGGUGUGUCCUCACAAUUGUUGCAAAUUUCCCUUUCUGUUGUCUCAAAUUAUGGCUAUUUACUAAUACUGGUUACUUUUGAGUCAAUUUAUGAUUUGUAUUGCAAAAGGAGACAGAAAGCCAAAAAAUCCGCCACAUAGAGUGGUUGGCAUAACGGCUUAUGGCAGAAGCCCUGUCUGACAAUGUUUUUAUACAUAUGCACACACAUACAAAUUAAAAAAAAAAAAACUGUAGAAGUGUCAAAAGCAACAUAAAACUAAAAUUCAUAACAUUCAUCUAAGUCUCAAUCUCAUGAUUGUAACAAUAGGGCAAUACCAAAGACACAGUGACUCAUUGGAUGGCAGAAGCCCUGUCUGACAAUGUGUUUAUACAUAUGCACACACAUACAAAUUAAAAAAAAAACUGUAGAAGUGUCAAAAGCAACAUAAAACUAAAAUUCAUAACAUUCAUCUAAGUCUCAAUCUCAUGAUUGUAACAAUAGGGCAAUACUAAAGACACAGUGACUCAUUGGAAAACAAAUCCUCAUCCUGAUCCCCUCUUCUAACCUUAUAUAAUCAUUCUUCUCAUCAUCCAAAGAGGCAUCGCCUUCAGCUUUUUCUCUUAACAUUUCCAAAUAAAUAUUUGGCAAUCCUUCUUCCAUUUCUUCCUUGCUACUAAUUUCUCGAUUCUUUUAUUAUUACCCCUUUCCAGUUUCAGAAGCUCCUCCUUUUCCUUUUAUAAAAACUGAGAUAAUGUUCCAUCUUGACCCUCUUCAUUUGCAAACUGCUUCCUUUUGUUAUCCAUCAAGCUCCUUAUCU